AUGUAUUACCUGUACAGGCUGAGCCAUCGGGAGAGGUGUCCCACGUAUAAUUUGGCGGCGGGCUGCGUAUUGAGGACGGUUGCUGAACAGUGUUGCGGUGUACCGGACUGCACGGGAGCCACGGGCACAGGGACAGGCACCAUGACCGGUCAGACGACCGGCUGUUACUACAAGAACAACGUGUAUACGCAGAGCCAGACGUGGAGGGACGGGUGCGACUAUAAAUGUGAAUGUACCGACGCCUCGAUGGGACGAUACAGAUGCACUGCUCUAUGUGUGGUGUGGAACCUUCCCCCGACCUGCCACUGGGACGCUCCAGCCCCCGGAAAGUGCUGCCAGACUCCCAACUGCCCUUCAGAUGUCGUCCUAAGUUACCCACCAGGCUAUACGGUGGAAUAAGAAACGCUUCACGACGUUUUCAAGACGUUCGGUCACUUUUAUAAAGUUUUUUUUGUACAAAAGUUAUGAGUUUUAAUUGUCUGAGAUUUUUCUUGAAAUAUUUGUUCAUUGUGUUUUGUAAAUAAAUUACAAGAUGUUGAAAUGUU